AGCUACCCAGGAGGAACUAAAGCAUCAUGUCGUCUGGCUUCGGAUUCAAGGGCCGUGAAGGCCGGUGCUACCGGUUCUGGAAGGAUGUGGAGCAGUGCAGCAAGGACACAGAGUACUCUGGCCAGUGCGGCAAGCAGGUUGAAGACUAUCUUGAGUGCCUGCACCACAGGAAGGAGCUGACGCGCAUGAACGUGGUGAUCACUCAGAAGGAGAAGGAGGAGGCUGCUGCUCGCAAUGGUGGCGAACACGGACAUGGUGGUGGACAUUGAGUAAAGAACUCGCUACUCGGGGUCUAAAAUGCCGCUAACAGGAAUCGAGAUCGCCUAGUAGACGACGACUUUUUACCUCGUCAAUGAAAAGAGUGAAAAGCAGGAGGCUGUAGCGCUGCAGUGUCUCGUCUUUAAAUACAGAGAUACCCUAUGGAAUCGUAUA